UUGUUGCUAUGGGGAUGGCGCCGUGGACGCGCUCGCGGGGGGAGCUGGGAUGCGCGCGCCCGUGAGGAAAUCGCCUUCCUGUUCCUGUGCUGGUGACAGCAAAACAACGGGGGAGCCGCGGAGCCGUCACACCGGAAGUACCGGGAGGAAGCUCAUGGAGUGCCUGUAAGCGGUGGGGGGAGCGCACGGCUCAGCUGGAGGACGCUGAUCUGAGGCCACGCUGCUCCAGAAACAAGGACUUAUAGGUAUGCCUGAUCGAUCUGGAGUGAGAGUUCCUUUAAGUGAUGCCUCCUUUGCCCUUUCGACAGGUGUGAAUGAGCGAGGAGGGCUCCCCCGCUGCUCUCACUGACACAGUCCUGCGCUUCCUGUGCCAUGAUGACAUAGACACAGUGAAGGAACUAUGUGCCGACUGGUUCCCCAUCGAGUACCCGGAUUCCUGGUACAGAGACAUUACAUCGAACAAGAAAUUCUUCUCCUUGGCAGCCACCCACCAUGGGCAGAUCGUGGGCAUGAUUGUAGCCGAAAUAAAGAGCAGGACCAAAGUGCACAAAGAGGAUGGGGACAUCUUGGCAUCCAGCUUCCCCAGCGACACACAGGUGGCGUACAUAUUGAGUCUGGGCGUGGUCAAGGAGUUCAGGAAACAAGGAAUUGGUUCUCUGCUGCUGGAAAGUCUAAAGAGUCAUAUCUCCAGCACGGCCCAGGAUCUGUGCAAAGCUCUGUACCUGCACGUUCUCACCACCAACAGCAACGCCAUCCGCUUUUAUGAGAACCGACACUUCCAUCAGCACCACUACCUGCCGUACUACUAUUCGAUCCGCGGGGUGCUGCAAGAUGCCUACACAUAUGUGUUAUACCUCAACGGAGGGCAUCCGCCCUGGACUGUGAUGGACUAUCUUCAGCACCUGGGUUCAGCUCUGGCCGGUCUAAGCCCGUGCUCACUUCCGCAGAGGAUCUACCGCCAGGCUCACACUCUGCUGCGUAGUAUACUCCCCUGGUCCGGCAUCUCGGCAAAGAGCGGCAUCGAGUACAGUCGCACCAUGUGACACCAGCCACAACACGGCGGCGCCUCUCCACGACUGCACGCGGGCCGCUAGACGAGCGACGCCAUCCAACAGCUUCCAUCACAGGAUACAGGGUCUGCUAUAUACCGUCUGCUCUCUCAGCCCGCCAGGAUCGGCACACACAUUUUAUACACAGGGACACAUAAUGGGAUCUCUCUUUACCGUCUAUGUAAGUUCCGGCUGCUGCUAUUAACUCCUACGGUUCCCUAAGAAGAUCCCGUUCUCUCCGGCGACACGGGAAGCAUCUGACGUUCUGCCCUCUUUUUGUAGCCUGGAGCUGCAUGUUUAAUUUCUUUCUUUUUUUUUUUUUUCUAAUAGUUUUAGUUUCUUUUUUUUUUCUCUUUACAAAUCCAUUGAUGUUGGUGUCUACAUGGUGCAGAGUUUGACCCAUAUGGCAGCCGGUGAAGGCCACGCAGAACUAUGCAGUGUUUUUUAUGAGGCCUCUGCUAUGUAGAGGACAGAAUCGCCUUUCCUUUUCCCAUUCAUGUCUUCCUUAUAUGUGUGUGUGCGGCACAAGGAGCGUACGGUGUGCCCAAUACUGACAUUAUCCUGCAGGGUCCCAGUACAGCACUGGUGCCCGCGUCUAGGUUGGCAUUUAUACGUUGGUUUCCUAACUACCAAGGUGGAGUCUGUUAACGUGUCAUAUGAAUGAAGUUGGAAUCAGGAGCCAAGAUAUUAGUGUUUUUUUUGUUUUUAUACACCCUGUUGCUUAGCCAAUGGCAGUGCAUCCUCGUCAUACCAUUGCCAUGCCCGAGGAGUAGGGAAAAGUUUCUUGCCCCUUCCUACCCUUAGAUAAUUUAGGAUGAAGACCUAAGACAAUCUAGUAGCUAAGGACACACUGCUUGACAACUGUUGCUAGGCACUUUGUCCAUAGUAACCAGAAAGGGCACAGCGGUUCGGGUUUAAAGCUGGCUUGGCACCGUAUAAAAGCAGAUGGCAGUAGUCGCAUCGUGCCACCCGACCUGUGCUGUUAAUCAGAGAAGCCUCCGUUUCUAUGUAAUCCAUUGGAUUACAUUUCCUACCAUGUGUCGCCUAUCGGAAUGACUCUUUAUGGCUCCUCCAAUUUUAUUUAAAUAUAUAUUUUUUUUUUCGUUAGGACUUAAUUUGCACUUGUCUAUGUACAUACAUCAGUCAUAUAAAGACGUAUACGAAGUGUAGGAUCUAUACAAUGGCUAUUACACAAAAUCAAGCUAUAUACAAUUAUCUGGGAUUAAUCUCACCAGUAACCCAUCGAGGCCCAGGAGGGAGUGGGGGCCCAGGCAUCUUUUGGGGGGGCCUUUUUGUAAUAGGAUUCCAGGAGGCGGUAACAAACACCGGGCCCUUCUCUCCUGGGGGCCAAAACCUAGCACCAUAAUGGGAGACACGGUUUGAUCUAUUUGCUAUGGGGCACGCUCUCUACUACACAUGUCCGCUGCUCUCCAGGCUGCGUUUUCUAUGUAAAUGUAUUUUUUUUUU